UCCUCUGCUUGUCCCUGCGAGAACUGGUGAGUACUAGGGGCUUUCUAUGGGAGGGCAUCGUAGAGGAGCACUAUGAAUCUUAAAAAUGGAGGCAUUUCAUAUGAUUGGAGAUUGACUUCUUUGUUUUGCAUCCAUGAAUGGUUAAAAAUACAAAAAAGCUGGACGUUGAGCAUGAGGUCUUUGUGAUUCCUUUGUUUCUUAGUAAAGUGUUAGCGGAGAUGCAGCUAACAUGACUGUAAGAAAGCUGAAAAAUGAAAUCCGAUUUCCCAAAGGUUUUCUUACAGAUAUUCUCUCCAGAUGUUGCAGACCCAACUGCCAUAUUCCCUCUCCAUUAUCUAUAGUGGCUAGGGUUAGUUGGAACUGGAGUCCAAAACAUCUGGAAGGAACCAUCUCUAUGGCUGUAGAAUGAGUGGGGCACAUAGGAAUUCGAAACAUAGGCAGUUUCAGGGCACAAGUAGGGGAUCAAAUGUUCUUCCCCUAUGAAGCAGCCUUUCAUUGUUUCCAUUUCAUUCACAAGUCACUUUAGAGGGUCUUGAGCUAUGGUUUCAGAAUGAGGUAAGGACAACAAGGUCAAAUGAUAGACAGUACCAUUUCAGGGUGCAAGUCAGGAAUUGUAUUUUUUCCAGUGUUCCCCUAUACAACACCCAAUAUGAAGAAGACUAGCACUACAGGGAGAAAGAAGCUCUACAAACUUUACCCAUGAUGCACUAAUAGUAUCUCCAGCUGAAGUGGCGACUCUAUUCUACUAUCUCAGUUUUCUACCAUGUGUUUUCUACCAUAUGACUAUCUAGUUGUAGCUGGACUCCAGUUCCUAUCCACCCCAGCCGGCAUAAGCAAUAGUCAAAGAUGGUGGGAGUUGUGUUUCAGCAACAGCUGGAGGACACCUCAUUUUCUACUCCUAUUCUAGCUCUUGUAAUAUGGGUGGGGAACUGUUGACUCACAGCCUGGAUGCAAUCAGUCAUGCUUCCUCAUCUGGCCCACAGGACACUGAAAUCUGCAAAGGGCUUAAUACAUUGCUUUCAUUCUAGAUCCAAUUCUGUUGUUUCAGAACACCCUCCAAUCCUGCAAAAAUGGCCAGUGGUGGUAGAUACGACCAGUGCUAUGCCCAGUGUCCUGCAUCUACAGUGACCAUCCAGCCACCACCUUUCGUCCUAACCAUCCCAGGACCUGCCAUCUACUGCCCAGACCAGCCUCUAGCCAUUGAGCAGUACAACCCCUGUGCCCGAGGUGGCUAUGGAGGUGGCUAUGGUGGUGCCAGCGCUCUGUAUGCUAGCGACUUCUCCAACUUCUCCUCUCGGGCCCUGCCAAGCAGCACCUACAGCUACAGCAGCUAUCGGUAUUAACACACUCAGAGAGAAUGAGAACAAAGCAAGAAUAUGAUCCAGUGAUCCAGAAAUGUCAUUGUUUACCAAUUGGUUGAUCUUCCACAGUAGCCAUAUAUCUUAAGGCCUAAAAUGAGGACACUCAACAUGCCUAUCUGAUGUUGCACUUCUGUCUACUUCUAUGUGUAUGCUGACAAGUCAACAGUACUCAGGUCAUUUUGCGUGAAGUAUGUAAUAUAUUCACCUAAUAUUUGAUCCUUAUUUGCUAUCUGGGAUCUGCCAUUUGCUAACAGCCUUUAAUUUUGCUGUCAGAGGAUUUCAUGGGGAAAACUGUUUGUCAUCAGGAAUGCAGUUUGUUUCGCAAAUGUGCCUUUGUAGAAUGUGC